UCUCCAGGCUGCUUUUUCACCUCUACCUCCUCCCAACCAACCUCUCGAACACACACACGAAAGGUUGCCCGUCAUGAAGACCACUUGGAAGGAUAUCCAGCCCGUUCCGACGUCGCAGGAAUUUCUCGACAUCGUCCUGAGCAGAACACAACGACGUCUUCCAACACAGAUUCGAGCAGGAUUUCAAAUCUCCAGAAUUAGGAAUUUCUAUACCAGAAAGGUCAAAUUCACGCAAGAGACUUUCUGCGAGAAGCUUUCCCUCAUCCUCGACGGAUUCCCACGCCUCCAAGAUAUUCAUCCUUUCCACAAAGAUCUCCUCAAUACCCUCUACGAUGCCGACCAUUUCAGAAUUGCGCUCGGCCAGCUCUCCACUGCGAAGCACUUGAUCGAAAUCGUCUCCCGCGAUUAUGUCCGUCUACUCAAAUAUGCGCAGUCUCUGUUCCAGUGCAAGCAGCUCAAGCGUGCAGCAUUGGGUCGAAUGGCAACCAUCUGCAGAAGAUUGAAAGACCCUCUGCUCUACCUCGAUCAAGUCCGACAACAUCUUGGUCGUCUCCCCUCGAUCGAUCCUAAUACCAGAACCCUCCUCAUCUGCGGAUACCCCAAUGUUGGAAAGUCCAGUUUCUUGAAGAGCGUUACCAGAGCCGAUGUUGAUGUGCAGCCAUAUGCUUUCACAACCAAGAGUCUGUUCGUUGGACAUUUCGACUACAAGUACUUGCGAUUCCAAGCGAUUGAUACCCCCGGUAUUUUGGAUCACCCUCUGGAGGAGAUGAACACGAUUGAAAUGCAAUCGAUUACCGCAAUCGCACAUUUGAGAUCAGCUAUCUUGUAUUUCAUGGAUCUUUCCGAGCAGUGCGGAUACACCGUUCAAGCACAGAUGCAAUUAUUCCAAAGCAUCAAGCCUCUCUUCGCCAACAAGCUUGUUUUUAUCGUCAUCAACAAGAUUGACGUUACUCGACCAGAAGAUCUCGACGAGGAGACUCAGGCCGCUCUCCAAGCACUCCUCAAACCCGGAGAUGUGGAGAUGCUCCAACUCUCAUGUACCACCACCGAAGGAGUCCAAGACGUCAAGAACGCGGCUUGCGAGCGUUUGAUCGCCGACCGCGUAGCACAGAAAUUCAAGGCAGGCACAAACAGCAGUGGGCCCGGUGGACGUCUCGCAGAUGUCCUUGGCCGAAUCCACGUCGCUAAGCCAAUGGAUGGUAUCGUCCGCGAAGCUUUCAUUCCCGAAGCUGUCAAGAACAAGAAGAAGUACGACAAGAACGACCCCGAGCGCAUCAAGCUCGCGAGGGAUAUCGAGGAGGAGAACGGCGGUGCAGGUGUUUACAACGUCGAUCUCAAGGACAAAUAUCUCCUCGAGAACGACGAUUGGAAGCACGACAAAAUCCCCGAAGUCUUCGACGGCAAGAAUGUCUACGACUUCAUCGACCCAGACAUCGAAGCCAAGCUCGCAGCCUUGGAAGAGGAAGAAGAGAAGCUGGAGGCGGAAGGCUACUACGAUUCCGACGAGGAGCUGGAGGAUGCUGAAGAUGCAGAGAUCAGAAUGAAGGCCGAGCUCAUCCGCGAGAAGCGCAUGCUGAUCCGCAACGAGGCCAAGAUGAAGAAGUCGCUCAAGAACCGCGCCAUCAUCCCCCGCACCGCUAUCCGCAAGAAGCUCACUGACAUGGAAGACCACCUCGACUCGCUUGGUCUCGAUACCGGUGCUAUUAGCGAGCGUGCUCGCUCCCGCAGCCGUGGCCGCAGUGUGCUUCGCUCUCGCACUGGCACUGAAGAUAUCAUGGAUGUGGAUUCUCCUGACUACGAGGCUAAGAUGCGCGCGAAGAGCAGGGCGAGAAGUCAGAGCAACAGACGUGAUGACGGUGUUACGAACGAGGUUUCUAGAACGAAGGCCGAGCGUGCGCAGAAGUUGGGACAGAGGAAGAUGAAUAGGAUGGCUAGACAGGGUGAGGCUGAUAGGCAUGUUGCCGCAGCUAUGCCCAAGCAUUUGUUCUCCGGCAAGCGUGGCAUGGGCAAGACAAACAGUCGUUAAAAACGUCUCUGUUUUGCAAACAUACCUCCUACUCUCGCGAUCUCUUGUUUACAACUCACUCUCACGACUCGAUGCCGCUUCUAUCGUUCUUCGCUUUUGACUUGGGCUUGGCAGGGCAUGACUGGCUGGCGUUCCGGAGGGAAAAUCGAAUCAAAUCGUUCUUAUCGUAUUCUAUCACGUCCUCUUUUAGUCACAUGGCGCGAGGGUCUGAUCUUGAUUUUUUGUUCGGUCCUUGUUUGCUGCGAUACAGUGGAGAGAAUGGAUGGAUUGUUGUGCUACUUCUUGUAUGUGACUGCACAAAUAGCCGAAACAAGAAAAGAUAGAAAAUGGAGGGCAUUUAGAUGCACAAAUGAAAGCUCCUACCAUCUUCACCUUGGAAUUAUGAAUGUUUAAGCAAUCAUCUGGAAAUCUUGCUCCUGUCGAGGCUACGUGCAGAUAUGUACAGCAAUGGUCCAAAUAACAACGUAGGUCGAUAUGUCUUUGAAGCUAUCCAUAGCAGAAUGAUUCCUGGCCUAACUUACUGUUUCCACGUACUUGAGACUACUCGAGUUUGCUCCUCGAUUGUGGCUUGCUGUCUUCUGAGGAAGACACCGACGGUUUCUCGAUAUUGAAUUACGACUCACCAUGCAUGUGGUACCUAUCGAACCUGAAGUAAUCUAUUUUACAGCUGUUCGCCAUUCGCCAUGUUCAUAGCCCCAAGUAGAGCAGCCAGGUAUUCCUCGUCAUUGUGUGGAUGCGGCCAGGCUCGUUCGAAGACCCAAGAAACUAUACCAAUCUAAAUUCAGUGAAUAAAUCAAGCUCAAGACCCACCGGAGCUGAUUCUUACACUGCCGAUGUUGUACACCUGUAUUUCGUCACUUGCCGAGGAGAGAAGAUAGCCAGCUCGUGGUUGCUGGGAUGUGGCAGAUAACUAUGCGGCGAAAUGCGAUGUGCAACAAAGGCUUACCUACCCUACGGGGCUUUUUAUACAGAUAACGUCUGUAAAUUAUCUGUAUUUUAUCUGUAUUCCUAGUAGUAGUAAAAAGUAGUAAAAUACAGAUAAAAUUCAGAUAAUAUCUGCUAUAAACGU